CUCUCAAAAAAGUUCUCUAUCAAGGAGAAAAUUGGGGUAAUGAGUUCUGGGCACGCAGUGUGACUCUUCUCUAUCACACACGCAUCGCCUUUUAUAGUCAAGCCGAGAUUUCUUCUCUUCCCAGCCAGCGCUCCUGGCAAUGUUGCUCCGUCGAAAGCAACCAUGUUGGGUCCGGUCUCAGAUCUUUGUAUAGUAGAAAAUGAUCCCUACCCUUGGUAGCUCCCGGAUGUAGAUUCAAUGAGGAGGUAAAGUCCAAAAAGACAUCCCGAUCGGGUGCAAUUUGGUAGCCCGCUUUGUGGUAUAAUUGCAAGGCACUGUGAUUCAUCGUGUCCACGUGCAGAUAGAGCGUUUCGACGUGACGAUCCCUCGCCAAACGGUCCAUGGCGUCCAAUAAACGCAAUCCAAUGCCUUGCCGUCGCGCGGACGGGUGGACCGCCACUUCCGUCAAGUACAGUAGUCCGUACCGUGGCCGGCGGGAGCCUAACUGUGUAUUGUAGAAUUCGUGAAAGCUACAUUCGGCACUACCCAGAAUAACGCGCGACGUGGUGCUUGGUUCGGUAUGCGCGGUCGCUUUGGUCGCAACGAUGCAGGUGGCGCCCCGCAUCCGCCGUCGGACCAUGGCUUGACAGGACCGGGAGCAGAACUGGGCCUGUAAGUCGGCCGAAAAGUCGGAAAAGACGGAUAGACGCAAGUUGGCAAUAUCCACGUCGUCCAACGGAGUAGCCAACUGCACCGAGACGGCUCCAUCCUGCGCAAGGAUGAUGGUGCGGGGAGAUUCGAUUGGUUCGCCUAAAAGUCCCAUCUCGGAGUGAGUGAGCGAAGAGAACGCGGUAGCGAGUCGAUCGUGCUGCGUACUGAAUGAGGUGGUAUCCAAUUUCCUGUGCGGGGAUCACUGUUUCUACGACUUCCCAAUAAGUCAUCAAUAACAGAGUGAAUAAUAGAUUUUGUGGUGGAGGCUGCCGUGUUGGCUAACGCUGAUGACCGGAGCGAUGCUUUGGUGGGCGGGUCCGUAUGAUCCUUUCGGGGAGCAGCUUUGCGCAAAAUGUCCAAAACCUUGUGGGUGGCUCGUUCUGCUUGCCGGGCAUGGGUGGCACUGCCAAUCCGACGAACUCCCACACUGGUGGGUUUUCCUGUCGCAUUAGCGUUCCUUCGUUGUGGCCUCGUACCAGCGGCACGGUUGGCCAACAGUGCGGCUCGUAUCCUGGCAGCCUUGCGUUGAUCGUCGGGAGCCGCUUCGGUCCGUGUGAGCGAGUCGUCGCCGCGUCCCGCGGGUUGGGCGGAUCCGGAUUCUGGUGGUCGGUCCUCCUCCUCCUCGCGAGACGCAGAAUUCUUGGGAACGUCGUCGACAUCACUUUUCGAGGCGGACGGGGUGCAUGAUCGUGCGUCGUCUGGUCGUAUCGGAUGAUCUCGUGAUUCCGACCAAGAUCGUUUGGUGGUGACGGUGGGUACUGGUGUACCAGUGGAGACGCAAGACGGUGUGGCAGGUACCAUGGUAAGGCGCGCAAAGGGAGAAGAGAACGCCCGGUCCCGAGAUGGACCAUCAACGAAAACAGACGAUUGGUCAGCGCCGGAGACGGGUUGGGUAGAGGGAUUGGUUCGAAAGGGCAUUCCUGGAGAGGAAUGGAACGCCCCACAGACCUUCCCGGAAUGUAUCGACACGAGACAGCAGAGUAGAAGAACAGCAAUGACGUGCCAUCGGCGCACCAUUGCGGACGGCAGACCGUACCGAGAGUUUGUCCGGCUAAGGGCGUUGGUAAUGCUCGUUGCGGUACACACCCGUGAACUCGCAAAGUUCGGAAGCGCAGCGCUCGACGGAAUUCGGCUGAGAAUGAGCGGCGGUAGGAGACGAUUCUUGGACUGCGAUCUUCAACUGCCUAGCUAAUGUAGUAAUGAGCAGGAGUCGUCGGGAUGGCAAAGAACAGGAACGGAAUUGUGGAAACUUCCUGCAACUGUAAGCAAUCUCUUUUUCGAUACUCCUGUCGCAGCACCGGGUCGACCCAGACGACCCUGACGACCCCUGUAGUUUCCAGGUAGGGCACCAGCCAGCUCACACUCACAGUCAACGGAAUAUCGGUACCCUCCUAUUGUCUGUUUGUCUGUUUGUCUGUCUGUACGUCUGACCAGCAGUACCGAACGGGACUUUUUCCAACUGGCUCUUCACCAACGUUGCAAUCACCAACCACAAAAGGUGUUCCAGGUGCCAGUAUCUUUUGGAACGGCCAGUACGACGUACAAACACAGGGAGCAGACGUCGGCAGCGCUGGAUUCGAAUUUGGUUCCUCACGCUCCCCUUUCAAGUGCUCUUUCAUCGGACACUAACACUAACAAAUUCUCUACCCUCGGCAACUACCUACCUCCUUUCCUAAGUUUGUUAUUGGUGUGUGGUACUAUUGUUGCUCUUGCUGUCAUUACCAUUUGUUGUGGAUGCCCAUUGUGGAAGCUGCGAGUCACUUUUUAGAAAAUUGAUUCCCCAUGACCAGCCCUUCCGUUGCGAUCACCCGAGCCGCUACAUCGACCCCUUUGGUGUCCCGAGCCUUGGUCGUUCUGCCGUGUUGGUUGUCCCUAUCCGUUCCUUUUCAAAGGCGGCCACAAGCGGGACUUACCCAAAGGGUCGGUCGAACCAUUUCCACAACGACUCGUUACACGGUAAAAACGCGGCAACAUCACCCAUCGAGUCUCCCUUGGUACUACCAUUCCACCCGAUUCUUCUCGGCCAAUCUUUCUUCCUCCCACGAAACCCACAGUGAUGACGUUCGGAAUGGAUCGAAUGAAGACAACCAAGAUGACGAAGAAGAAGAAGAAGAAGAAGAAAUGGAAGACAACGCCGAUGAGCAAACAAAGGCAGCCCUGCAAAUCCGCAACGAGAUUAUUUGGCAGAAAAGAUUCAUGGCCCUGGAAGCGUUCGUGGCGACCCAGACCCGCGACGAACAAGGGACUCUACCCUACCCAGAGGACCGCUCCAUGCGUACCUGGUUAGACAAGCAGCGGCAUUUGUUUCACCUCAAGAUGCAGGGCGAAAGCUCGUCGCUCACGGAUGCUCGUUCAGCCCAACUCGAGUCACUGGGCUAUCCACUCAGUCCCCGGGACGAUUGGUGGGAAAAACGUUACGAAGAUGUACGAGCGUUUGUCCAAAAACACAAUCGCUUUCCUUACGAUAUGGAUGACAGUUACAUGACUGAAGAAGAAAAACGAUUGCUUUGGUGGUGUCGUCUGCAAAAGAAGCAGUACAAGGCAUGGAAAGAGCAAGACGACGAUUCGUUGACUGGAAUGAACGAAGCACGAGAAGCCAAACUGAACGAGAUUGGCUUUUGUUGGGAUGCUCAUCAAGCGUCCUGGUUGGCUCGAUACGAAGAACUAAAAGCUUAUCACGCCCAUCACGGAGAUUGUCUCGUGCCGAAGGACUAUCCGACGAAUCCCCCUCUGAGCAAAUGGGUGAGCGAUCAAAGGAACAACAUGGCUCGUUCCCGCAAAGGAAUAAUAAAAGUUAAUCCGGAGCGACUUCAACUCCUAAAAGAAUUGGAUUUCGAAUGGAAUGCACUAGAAGAAUUUUGGAAUCGGAAGUACAAAGAGUAUGCUGAGUACGUGCGAUUACAUGGGCCAGGUAGCAUGCCUCGCCAAAAACACAAUCCUCAUUUACGGAACUGGCUUACUUAUCAACGAAGGCAGUAUCAGUUGUUGUUGAAUGGGCAGAAGAGCUGCAUGACACAGAAACGCAAGGAUCUUUUGGACGCAUUGGGUUUUAUCGUUUGA